UGGUUCUGUACAAUGCAAAGUUUACAGGAGAGGCAUGCCUUGCCAAUAUCUUGCAUGAACUUGGAGAAGGAAGAUGACUUGGGGCCUGUGCAGGUACACAGGAAGGCCCUGAGUCAGCAGAAUGAGAUUCUUCACCUUCCGAGGAUCCAUUCACUAGGGAACAGUGCCCAGGAGGAAAACGGGAAUCUACAACAGGAGCUGUUUUCUCUGAAGAUCAGGAACUGUACUCUCUUUAAAGCUGUCCCACUGCCUCACAUUGGCAACAAAAUGGCACCUUCUCUGAGUGACGCAGGGGGCAGAGCCGGGCCCGCCAAGCAAUUUCUGGGGUUGCUCUUCUCCCCGGAAAAGGAUGCAUUUGAGAAGAUGUUUAGUCGCUUUGAUAGCACUGCUGUGGCAGGCUGGCAGAGGAAAGCCCAUGGUUUUAUGAGUGACUUGGGUGCAUGGAGCGGCUCUGGGGAUAACUUUGUUCAGUUUGCACACUUCUGGCUGUCAGAGCUCCAGCACACUCAGAAGCAGCAGCUGUUGGAACUGGAAAUGGGGAUUAUCGAGGACAAACUCCGCCUUGCGCUUCUUCAGGGAUCAGACUCCGGGGAGUUUCAGCCUCUCGAUUUUAACACCAUCCUGGCUGCGGCGCUGAGCGAAUACCCUACAGGACUUGUCAGCAGCCUUAGUCCGUACGUUUUCCUUGACUACCUAAACUUUAUGUCUUCGGCUCAAACAUCUGGAUAUAAGAAAAUGCUUUCGAGUAUACAGUACACGACCAAGAAUGCUCAGAUAGCUCAGUGGUUGCUAGCCAUACGAGCAUUUGUUCUUGCAAAUCUCUGGCAUGCGAUAGUGAAGUUCUAUAAGGCAUUGGUCAAUACCCAGAUCUCUUCUGAGCAACAUGUCAAGAGUUCUGUUUCCAGUGAUAAAAAGCAUCCCUGUGACGUGGUUAAAGAAAGAGCUCUGCAGAGCGUUCAGUUGGGAUACACAGAUGUCUUGGAUUAUCUUGUUAGAAACCAGAAGCUGGAUCUUGGAGUCGUCGAUGAAAAGAACCGAAAUCUGUUAUUUUUAGCGGCGGUGUAUGAUCAGUCUAAGAUUCUGGAUUAUUUCCUUGAAAUGACUCUUCCCAUACCCGAUGUAAACCAAGCAGCAGAAAAUGGGAACACGCCACUUCAUGCUGCAGUGAACACUGGGAAAAUGCACCUCGUCUCACUGCUCUUGCAUUACCCUGGAAUCAACGUGAACACCCCCAACCCACAGUGUGACGGAGCCACUCCACUGCACCUUGCUAUCGUUUAUGGGCAGCUGGGAAUUUGCUACUUAUUGCUGAACGCAGCAGCUGAUGUAGAAAGUCUGGUUGGAGGGCUGUCACCUUUGCAGCUCGCGGAAACGUUUGGCAACGAGGCGAUCGUUGGCCUUCUCAAAAUGCACGUCAAGCGGUUUAAGCUUGAAAGUAAAAUGCUGGGCUUAUCAGCUUUAGAAUUCUAAACAGAA